AUGGGUGUACUACGUCUACCUCGCCCCACUGGCAUCUAUGUCCCCAGUUCGCCUCGCAGCCUCACCUCCGACAUGAUCUCCUCUCCUCUCUCUCCUGGCUUCAACUUCGACUCGGAAACCGUCACCCCCUCCAUCAUCCCCGCACUCGACUAUAUCUCCGCCAAGCUGCAGCAGAAGAUGAUGCACGUCACGCUGCUCGUCGGCCGCGGGAAGCCAUUCCCCACCGGCCACGCCUCCGACCUCAUGGUCAUCCCCAUUGCCCAUCUCGACCUGCAGUCGUGGCGUACGUUGUGCCGCAUCGUCGCCAAGGGAGCCAAGAAGUUCUCGCUCGGCCAGAGCUGGACCGACGCCCUGACGCGCAGCCAGUUCGAACGGCAAGCCAACGAGUACCUGAUCCAGCAAUCCAUCCUGCAGAACGAGGUCGUCUUCAGCCGCGAGGGCCUGACUCUGCUGAACGUUGACCGCAUUCACACCUUCAAGCGCCGGCUCUGCAUCCUCUCCAACCGCGAGACCGCCGUUGAGGAGCCCUUCCUCGCCUCGUGCGUGCAUCUCCUGCACCGCACCAUCUGCGACUACCAGGGCCGCCCCUUCAGCAAGGCCUUCUUCCACCGCGUCUACGAGCAGCUCGACGUCCGCGACGACCUGCUCACCCGCGUCGCCACCACCUACAAGAAGGAGUACGGCCAGGAGGGCAUCGUGCUGCCCCCGCGACCCAAGCCCGAGUACCCGCGCAAAUCGCCCAUCCGCCCCGUUCGUCAACGCAGAGCACCCGCCGCCUCGCCGGGUGGUAAACCUCUCGUGACCAAGCGGGGGCCUAAGACCCCCCUGUCGGCCUCGGAUGUCACCCCCAUCACGCGCAACGAGUGGAACAUGUUUGUCGGCUCUGGGAUCCGCCAGGUGAACCCGACAGUGACCAAGUGGACCCCGUCUCCGAUUGUGCUGGCCGCGGCGUGA